CCUGAGGACGACCCGCAGAUUUCCUACAUGAUAUCAGCGUGGGCAAGAAUGUGCAAAAUUUUAGGCAAGGAGUUUGAGCAGUACUUGCCCAUUGUGAUGGGACCAGUCAUGAAAGCAGCUUCUCUGAAGCCUGAAGUGGCACUACUUGACAGCGAGGACAUGAAGACGAUGGAGGACGACGACGCGUGGCAGUUUGUGACGCUCGGCGACCAGCAGAACUUCGGCAUCCGCACGGCGGGCCUCGAGGAGAAGGCCACCGCGUGUCAGAUGCUUGUCUGCUACGCGCGCGAGCUCAAGGACGGGUUCGCCGGCUACACGGAGCAGGUCGUCAAGCUCAUGGUGCCACUGCUCAAGUUCUACUUCCACGAUGGCGUGCGAGUCGCGGCGACCGAGAGCCUGCCGUUCCUGCUCGAGUGUGCGAAGAUCAAGGGCGACGACUACCUGCGCGAGAUGUGGGCCUUCAUCUGCCCCGAGCUGCUGAAGGCCGUCGACACGGAGCCGGGCAACGACGUGCUCUCCGAACACAUGCACAGCCUCGCAAAGUGUAUAGAGGUGCUGGGGAGUGGGUGCCUGAAUGCCGAGGCCAUGGCGGAGCUUAUCACGACGAUGAACAAAAUCCUGAAGGAACAUUUCGAGAGGGCCGAAGGCCGACAUCAAAAGAGAAAAGAUGAAGAUUAUGAUGAGGAAGUUGAAGAAUCUCUUUUGGAUGAGGAUGAUGAGGAUGUGUAUAUUCUUAGCAAGAUUUCGGAUAUUGUCCAUGCACUGUUUGGCACACACAAGGCUGACUUCUUUCCCUAUUUCGAGCAACUUCUACCCCAUUUCGCAAAGCUGAUGGGAGCAGAAAGACCGUGGCCAGACCAUCAGUGGGGCUUGUGUAUUUUUGAUGAUGCUCUUGAGCAUGGAGGACCACCUGUGAUAAAGUACCAGGAGUACUUCCUACGUCCACUGAUGCAACACAUUGUGAAUAGCCACGGUGAGGUGAGGCAAGCGGCAGCUUACGGCGCCGGCGUCAUGGCCCAGUUUGCAGGGCCCGAGUUUGCUCAGGCGUGUGCAGAGGCGAUCCCGCUGCUCAUGCAGGUGAUCGGGGCGCCGGACUCGCGCGCCUGCGAGAACAUCAACCCGACGGAGAACGCCAUCGCCGCCGUCACGAAGAUAUGCAAGUACAACAGCAGCCGCUUCAACAUCGACGAGGUGCUGCCGCUCUGGUUGUCGUGGUUACCGGUGUGGGAGGACGAGGACGAGGCGCCGCACAUAUACGGCUACCUGUGCGAUCUUAUCGAAGCGAAUCACCCGUUGAUACUAGGCGCGAACAACAGCAACGUGCCGCGGCUGGUGGCCAUUAUCGCGGACGCGCUCGCAAAGGAGGCUCUCGACAGCAAGUCGGAGGUCCGCACGCGGUUACUCAAUAUCGUGCGGCAGAUCCAGGGCAACGGCGAAAUGUUCAACGCGUGCGUGGCCCAGCUGAGCAUGGAGCAGCAGCAAGCACUAUCUUGCGCACUCAGCAGCCAGUGAGCGCGCCCCGGCCGCCGCGUUUCUUCAUCUUUGCGCCGAGGCCGCACGUCGAGAGGCGACGCGCGCGCGUCCGCGGCGGGAUCGGCGACGGUAAGCCAGAACGCACGCGCGUGAUGCGCCGCCGGACGUCGAAACUCGUCGUUUCCUUGCAGACGAAGUCGAGGUGGGGAGGAGCGACGGGGGCCCGGCGCCCCCCGCUCGCUGCACCGUCCCACUUCGAUGACAGUAUUAACGCCCCCGACGUAGCCCUCCCCCUCCCCCCUCCCCCGCGAACUCGCCUAGGCGACGUUCUUUUGCUUCUUUGGCCGCCCCGCUUUUUCACGAUAACGGUGUGCCGCGAUUUUAAUGCGAUGCCGCUGCCGGAGAGGCACAGACGCGAAUAAAUGCGAGAAGCUUCGUCGCGAUGCAUGUGAAGCCACGCGUGACGAGGUAGGUUGUUGUCGCACGAAGGGUGAGGUGUGCCGCGGCUUGGGUUAGUAUAUUUGUUAGCCAUGCUUCCAAACGUCACAGGUCGCCCCGUGCUGCAAGCGCUUUACUUUAUUUUCGAAUCGUAGCCUCGCGCGGCUGAUUAAUCGUUCGACACUAUGCAUACACGCGCUCGACGAUCAUUGGAUGGAGUUCUUCUUUUUGCGAAUGAUAACGUGGAUGUUGAGACGGCGGUGAUUGAGUGAUGAGAGACACGGAGCAUGAAAGCGAAUGGGUUUUUGAAUGGGGAGUGGAUUCAGUAAAUCCGAUCUGGUAUCUGAUAUUGUUGAUUUUUGUUUAGACACGUCUCACAUCAACUGUUCCUUUUAAUCUAAAAAAGUAAUAAAGGUGUUGUGAGUUUUUUUACGGUGUUACGAGAUGUGUUUUAGGCCUGAAUACAUUCUAUGUCACAGACACAUAUAAGGUCGCAUAUCAGAAUGGAAUGGUCAGGGUUAUUUUAUGCAACUUUAACCAUAUUUCUUCUCAUAAGUUAUUUGACUCGGAGCAGUAAAGAUGUAAUAUGGUCUUUAUAGCAUCUUCCUUGUGGGCUACAACAGUACUGGCAGAUUCAGGUUCGGCUAGAAACUUGAUACCCUCCCCCCCUUCCGUUCACUCAGUUUUACCACGGUAAAGUUUUAACCGAAUUUAUUCAAGGUCGUAUCCGUCAUGCAAUGAAUUAAAUGGUGGUGUAUAUGCAUACUUAGAUUCACUCUACUCGCUAUGGCAAGACCGUAAUGGUUGGUCUGAAAAUACUAUAAAUGAUAACUACGUAUAUAGUAGGUUGAAACUGGUGUAGGUCGUGUCACCUCUAUCAGUGGACAUCCGUAGACUGGCAUGUCUCUCUUGUUCGUUCUGCAGUGUUAACAAUAUUGAUACAUAUUGAUACAUCGAUAAACUAUAUACAAAUAGAUCUAUUCUUUUUUUGCUCUGUAGUGAGUGUGUGCGGGUAGUGAACGUGGAAAUCAGACAAAAUUAUGAAGUCUUCAAACAAUUUAUGAUAUAAAAGUUUUCAGACAAAAGUCUGCAGUUGCGGUUGUAAUUCACUUGUUUGUUAUAGCACCCCUUGACAACUUGUAUGUACCAGUCAGUGCUCGUUCGGCGGAUUGGCAUCUUUUCAAGACUAACAUGUAAGCAUAUCAUUCUGUUUAUCUCACGUGUCGUGUUCCGUGAGCACGGCGAUGCAGUUUCCUUGACCUCUUCUCUGACAUUGCUGACAAUAGCUGUUUCCCCUCAUCGUAUUUAUGAACGGUAUUGGCUGUCGUCUGGCCUAAUUAGAAGUGGAUCUCUAAACUGGCAAGACUAGGUAAUUAUAAUAGAUUAGUUUUGUUGACUAUCUUCUCUUAAAACAGUACUGGUGCGAUAUUUUUCCUGCUAGAUGUAGUCGUCGGUCGGCAAUCUGCUGUGUAGUCAUUCAUUAUCACCUGUUUCAGUGGCAGCACGUAGAUCUGUACGUAAAGCCAGUUACUAUUUCAAUGCGAUAUGCUCAUCGAACGUGCUGGUCAUAAUCUAUUUUUUCUAUAAAAGUCUGCAUCGGCCUGGCUCUAUCUCUUGUCUUACGGUUCUCUUUUUUUUGCUCGUAGUCUUCUAUCUUUUUGUUCGGGGGUUAUGUUACUAACCCCUACUCCCUCUACUUGUCAACCAGAUGAGUGCGUGUUCAAUGUGGCUUCAUCCAAUUAAAUAAAUGACAAAGCUUUUUAUAUAUUUUGCCAUUAGGUAUAUGCUGAGGGUAAUCUUGUGUUUUCGUAUGUAUGAUUUGCUUUAACUGCACACCAUCGUAAACGUGUGUACAUAUUGUAGGAGAAACUACGGAAAUCUGCACAGAACAACAAGUUAAUUAAUGUAUAGUUCGGAUGCAGUUUGACAAAACGUUUUAUAAUUAUGAUAUUGAUGUUUCGCUGAGCGUGGCGCCGCAUGCAAUAGUGUCGCACCGUACCGAAUUUGUUUCUGCAUCUGUUCACAUUGAAAUAAAUGAAUGCAGUUUUUAAAAUUG